AUGUCGCUCGGCUACGCCGACCGGCUCAAGGAGUAUCCCCACAAGGGCGUGUGCGGGCUCCCCGAGAAGCAGGACACCGAGCGUCAGCUCCAGCUCUCGCUCCGCACGCUCGUCGACCUCGUCUCGUCGGCGGAGCACCUCGUCGUGCUGACGGGCGCCGGCAUCUCGACCGCCGCGGGCAUCCCCGACUUUCGCGGCCCGGACGGGAUCUGGACGACGCAGAACGCGCUCGAGCGCGCCGCCGCCGGCAAACCCAAGGCGGGCGCCAAGCGCAAGCGCAAGCCAAAGGCGGGCGCGGCAGCGGGCAGCGGUGCGGCAGAGGGCGGAGCGGCUGCGCCGCCCGCCGAGACGCGCUCGGGCGCGAUCGACUUUGCGUCCGCGUCGCCGACGCUGACCCACCACGCGCUCGCCGAGCUUGCGCGGCUCGGCAAGCUCAAGUACGUCGUCACGCAGAACGUCGACGCGCUGCACCAGCGCUCUGGCCUGCCACGGAGCAAGCUGGCGGUGCUGCACGGGUGCAUCUUCGAGGAGAGGUGCGAGGCGUGCGGCGCCCUGUACCUCCGCGAGACCGACGUGGGGACCAUCUCCUUCCAGCCCACCGGCCGCUACUGCACCAGAGUCGGAGAGGCGGCGGGUUCUGCCGCGUGCGGCGGCGUGCUGCGCGACACGCUGCUCGACUGGGAGGACCCGUUGCCAGAGGCGGAGCUCACUGAGGCGGAGAGGCAUUGCGAGCGAGCGGACCUGAUCCUCGCGCUUGGCACCUCGCUCCGGAUUGAGCCGGCGGGAUCGCUGCCGUGUCGGCACCGGCGCGGCGGCGGGUAUGUGAUAGUCAACCUGCAGCGAACGCCAAAGGACUCCAAGGCGAAGCUGAUCGUGCGCGCGCCCGUGGACCGCGUGAUGGCCGCCCUAAUGCGCGAGGUCAUGGGGCUCGAGCUCGAAAGGGGUGCCGCUGGAGCGAGGUGGGUCGCCACCGGCACCGGCGGCGCGGCCACCGGCGGCGCGAUGCCGGAGGCGUCCUCCCUCACCGCCGGAGCCGGUGGCGCGCCAGCCUCUGCUCCGGUGGCUGAGGGAUGA